CACAGUCGACGCUUAACAUCGCGGCGCUCUGCUUAUUUGUUGUUUUUUUUUUAUUGCGAUUAACUGAAAGUAAAACAAAAAUUGGACAUAAAAUAAAUAAAAACGUUAACAGAAACUUUCCUGAAAAGGCUGUACGAUUGUGUCGGAAAAGUUAGAUUGUUUUCCGUAACUGAAAACAACGGAUAUUUCGCAGGGUUCAAGAAUAAAAUAAUGGAAAGUUAGAUAGUUAGUUGAGAUGAGGAAAAUCGUGGUUAUUUUGGUGAUUUUGAUAGCUGCUGUAGCCGGUAUCAGGAAGAGGACUAUUAAUAUUGGAAUUUUUUUGAACGAUGAUGAGCAAUACGAAACAUCAACUAUUGCUAUUGCUAGCGCAGUAAGAACAAUCAAUCUAUAUUCUAAAGUUGAAUAUUUGCUGCGUCCUCAUAUAUUCCGCACUCACAAAGAAGACAUUUUAAAGACUGGAUUACUAGCAUGCAGCCUCCUGGAAAAAGGCAUAGCCGCCAUUUUUGGUCCCGAUUCUCCAGAAAUUAAUAGCAUUAUUCAAUCAGUGUCUUCCAGUCUGGAGAUACCGCAAUUUCAGACGUUCUGGAAUCCAAAAUUAGCGUUUCUCGCCAGCCGGCAGUCGCCAUCAGAGAAGCCCAUCCAAAUUUUCAACUUGCAUCCCAGCCCUAAAAGCCUCUCAAAGGCUCUGGCUACGCUGGUAAGAGAGAAUGACUGGAAGAGUUAUACCAUUCUUUAUGAAAAUGAUAAUGGACUUUUAAGACUCGAGGAGACUUUGAAACAGCUGAAUCCUAACGAUCCUGUGGUGGCUUUUAAAACGUUGGGUCUUCCGGAGAAUCACAGAUCGGUGUUAAAAGAAGUCAAAAGCUCGGGUGUCUUGCAUUUUAUCCUAGAUUGCGAAGUGGAUCAUAUAAUGGACAUUUUAAGAUUAGCUAAAGAACUGAAACUAUUGUCAGAAUUCCAUAGCUACAUUCUAACAAACUUGGAUGCCCAUACUUUAGACUGGUCCGAAUUUAAAAAUAUCAGGUGUAAUAUUACAGCUAUGAGACUAAUAGAUCCAAAUAGUGCCCAUGUGAAAAAUGCUGCAUUAGCUUGGAAUCAGAAUAUGAGAUAUAAUAUUCUAGACAAUUUAAAAAAUAUGGCUAUUCAAAAUGAACUAAAUUAUCAACGAAGUAGAAAACAGUUAGAUGACAUCAAGCCUACUGAUAUUCGCACAAAGACAGCUCUUUUAUAUGAUUCCCUUAAUCUAUUCAUCUCUGUCUUCUCAGAAAUGGAGAAAAAGGGAAGAGUGGCGUUGGAACCUUUGAGUUGUGAGCUGAAUAAAACUUCAGCUCAUGGACAACUGUUUUCAGAAACGUUAUUAAAGACAAACGACACACUACUUUUGGAACCAUUAACCGGCGUCAUUACGGAAUUUGAUCAAAUAGGCUACAGACAAAUUUACAAAUUACAAAUUAUAGAACUUGAAGAGAGUCAAUUUAGAGUAACUGGGAGCUGGAAUCCUCUCGUACCAGACAAACUGAAUUUAACAUUGACCUUAGAAGAUAGGGAUACUGAACUAAGGAAAAAAAUACAGAAAAGGAAUUUUCGUGUCGUGUCCAGAUUAGGAGACCCGUAUUUGAUGGCCAUUGAAGAAACAGGUGGUAAACUUUUAUAUGGAAACGCCAGAUUUGAAGGCUACGCCGUGGAUUUGAUGACGGAAAUCUGCAAACCCGAAAACUUAAACUGCAGCUUUACUUUCGAUUUAGUACCGGACGGCAUGUAUGGCAACUUUGAUCCAGUUACCAAACAGUGGAAUGGAAUUAUCAAAGAAUUACUUGAAUAUAGGGCAGAUCUUGGAAUAUGUGAUUUAACAAUAACAUACGAACGAAGAAAGGCAGUUGAUUUUACGAAUCCCUUUAUGACACUCGGAAUAAAUAUCUUGUAUGCUAAGGCCGUUAAGGAACCACCUGACUUGCUUACAUUUAGCCAUCCUCUAUCGUUUGAAGUAUGGAUCUACAUUGCUACAUCAUACCUCAUUAUUUCUUUAAUAAUGUUUCUGGUAGCAAGGUUGAAUCCAAAUGAUUGGGAAAACCCACAUCCUUGUAAUCCUUAUCCAGUGGAAUUGGAAAAUAUAUGGACUUUUAGGAACUGUUGUUGGUUAACAAUGGGUUCAUUUAUGACACAAGGUUGUGAUCUACUUCCCAAGGGAAUUUCCACAAGAUUGGUUGCUGCUAUGUGGUGGUUUUUCGCUCUAAUAAUGACAGCUUGUUACACAGCUAACAUGACCGCCUUUUUAACUAGUUCGCGUAUGGGUUCUACUAUAGAAAGUGCAGAAGACUUAGCAGCACAAACGAAAAUCAAAUAUGGAUGUGUAGCAGGUGGAGCUACGUCAUCAUUCUUCAAAGACACAAAUUUUUCCACAUACCAUCGGAUGUGGGUCCAGAUGGAAUCGGCGGAUCCUAAUGUUUUCGAGAAAAGUAACAAAGAUGGAGUUAAACGAGUUAUCACCAGCAAAAGAAAAUAUGCCUUCAUUAUGGAGAGUUCCAACAUAGAAUAUGAAAUGGAAAGAAACUGUGAUUUAAUGCAAGUAGGAAACAAUUUGGAUUCUAAGGGAUAUGGAAUAGCAGUACCUAUUAAUGCUCCGUACAGAAAACAAAUUAAUGAAGCUAUUUUAAAAAUGCAAGAAAUGGGUAUACUUCACACAUUAAAAGAUAGAUGGUGGAAACAAAAGCAUGGUGGUGGUCAAUGCACGAAAGACAAACUGUCCGACGAUGCAGCAGCCACGGAAAUGGGUCUGGACAACGUGGGGGGUGUCUUCGUGGUUCUCGCUGUGGGAGUUCUCCUAGCCUUACUCAUAGCCAUCUGCGAGUUUCUAUGGAACGUCAGGAAAGUUGCUGUAGUUCAAAAGCUUACUCCAACAGAAGCCCUCAUUCAGGAACUCAAAUUUGCAGUCGAUAUUUGGGCGAGAAAAAAAGCAGUUAACAAAGGCAUUUCAACGAGUGCAAUUUCUAUGGAAAAUAUUGACGAACAAAUGUGAAAUAAAUCAAUUUUUUGAACAAUUAAAAAAAUAUCAAAAAUAUAAUUCCGGGUUUCACAAUUUCAGUGAAGCUUUUCUAAAUGUAACUUCCUGCUAGUUAGGCAAAAAUAUAACAAAGAAAAACGAACAAAAAAUGGUUUAUUUUGACUAGUUUCAAACCAUAAAACAAUCAAUAUUUGCUAAUUUUUAUUUGAAAUAAAAUGUCAUUUAUUUUAUUUUAAAAAUUUUUAUUACAGUAAAUAAAUACCGGAACGUAUAAUUUGUUUAUUUUAUCGUGGGAAUUUAAAUAACUAGAUAUUAAUAAAACAAAUAAUGUUUUCUAUAACAAAAUCAAAAUGUAU